GAAGGUGGAGAUGAUUGUGGCAAGUGGUUGCCGAAGCUCGUCUCGCGGCUGAUUGCGGAAGAAAAUGCUGCAACAGGACACGUGCAGAUCCUCUGUGCUGCAAGAAUUGGGCUGCCCCAAGUCGCGCCUCCUGCGAAUGGGAAGGGCACCGGCCAGCGGCGGAUGUUUGAUGGAUUUCAUUUGGAAGAGCUUACGGUCGAGCAGCUCGCGAUGCAGCACUACUUCUCCUCCGAAGGAGGUGCAUUUCAGUGUGGAAUCCACUGCGAGGGGUCCAUACUGAGAGACUUGUUUGGCAUCCUGAUGUUCGACGAGCUGUUUGAUUGCUCUGUGGCGGAUGCCUUCGUGUCCUCCUUUCAGGCGUUUUUCGUAGCGGGUGCGCGGCUUUUCAAUGCUGCGCUGGAGAAAGGGCUGCCGCCGGGUCCCUAUCCAGUUGGGGUGACAAGCUUACAGCUAGAUGACCACAGUCGGCAGGAUCCGGAGGGAGGCCCUCGCAGUUUGCAGACCGAGAUCUGGUAUCCAGCUGGUGAGGAAGCCCGGGAGUUGCCGCGAAACCGAUUCUCCGAGUUUCUCGGUCGUGGGACAAUACCAGGUAGCAUCGAGGCAGCAGAGGCCUCGGAUGCCAUCGGAGGGUACCGGUCUGGAUUGACGAUUGCAGAACUGGAUGACAGUUGGCCGAAUCUAGCUGUUCGGGAUGCGCGGCUGCGUGACCCAGCGCAGGAAAUCGGCGGCAAACCAUUGAAAGAUGGAUGGCCUCUCGUGAUAUUUUCACACGGUUCAGGUGCAUAUAGGGCUAGCUACAUCUUCUGGACCGAGUUCCUAGCCUCACAGGGAUUCAUAGUUGCAGCCUGCGACCAUCCGGGCAGUGCGCGAUACACUCAAGUGAAUGGACGCGUGAUCAAGCCGGGUGGUCCGCGGAGUGAGAGGUCUCAGAUGGAAGCAGACCGGCCCUUGGACGUGCUCUUCUUGCUAGAUUCAUUGGCGAAGCUUACAGAUGGCCAGGACAGCCGCUUUGCGGGUCGAGUGGAUGUGAAUCGUUGUGCCUUGACGGGGAUGUCUUUCGGUGGUUGGACAGCAGCUGCCGCUUUGGAGUUCAAUGAUCCUCGCGUGAAAGCUGCUCUUCUCAUGUGCCCGUCGCUGAUGUCGGCAGAGGGACGCCUCACCAAAGAACGUACAAACUUACAUACUCCACUGAUGGUCAUGAUCGGCACCGAGGACACAGUGAUUGGAACUGAGGGCAACGCGCUCUGCCGAGACUUUGUCAAGAAGCCCGAGGGUUGCAGUUUUCUGAUGGAGAUCAAGCGCGGAGGUCAUUGUAGCUUCACCAGCUGCGACCUGUACAACCCGGCAUACGGCAACGGCAUCGGCGAGAGCAAGAGUCUGUCCAGCCCUGGCUCGAUGUAUAUGCCCCUUGAAAUUUCAAAGCAGCACGAGAUCAUCAACGGCUACGGCCUAGCCUUCCUAGACAAGUUCAUCCGUGGUGGGAGUGGCUCCUUCCUUACAGAGAACCAUUAUCCCGAUGAACUUGUGUACAAGAAAUCUUGA